CAUUCAUUCGAAUCACAUCUAUAAAUGAAUUUUCUUGUUACAAUUUUUGUCGGGCUGUUGCUUGUAUUUGCUGUAAUUCAAAUCGUUGCAGCUUCUACCAACAAUGGGAAUAGAAUCGUUUUGAAUGUAGCUGUUAUUGGAGCGGGACCAGCAGGUCUUUGUAGCGCCAAACACUGUCUUGCCGAAGGUCAUGAAGUAACCGUCUACGAACAAAGUGAAGAGAUCGGUGGAGUGUGGUAUUAUACUGAUGAAAUCGGCAAAGAUAAAUACGGUAAUCCAAUUCACUCGCCCAUGUACCAAGGACUAAGAACAAAUACGCCCUACCAAGUGAUGACUUUUUCCAACUUUUCUUAUCCAACAAAUACAACACCUUUCCCACCACAAACAGACGUACUGAAAUAUCUCCAUUCAUAUGCAAACCAUUUCGAAUUGGGAAAAGUAAUCAAAUUGAGUCAUUUGGUCGUUCGUGUGCUUCCGAUCGAAAAUGAUAAAUGGGAAGUUCUUGUGAAAAAUUUACAGAAAAAUACAUUCGAAACGAUAGUCUAUGAUGUUGUUUUCGUCUGCAGCGGCCAACAAUCAAAGCCAUUUAUUCCAAAUAUUGAUGGUGCCGAUGAAUUUAAGGGGAAAAUAAUUCACAGUCAUGAUUAUCGCAAACCGGAACCAUUUCGCAAUACAAAUGUUCUUGUCAUCGGUCCAGGACCAAGUGGAACUGAUUUAGUGGCUCAGUUGUCAAAAGUCGUAAACCGCUUAACAUUCAGCCGGCAUAAAAUUGUCAAUGAAACAGCGGAAGCUCGCAAGGAACGUCAAAGUCUAUACUCAUCCAAUGUGAUACUAAAAGAUGAUGUGACACGUUUCACUUCAACUGGCGCUGAAUUUAUCGAUGGAUCCCAUGAAACAUUUGAUGUGGUGUUCUUCGCAACAGGUUACAAUCUUUCAUUUCCAUUUUUAAGUGUCGACUCUGGUGUUUAUAUUGAGAAGAAAUUAAUUCAGCCAUUAUAUAAGCAAAUCUUCAAUGCGAAACAUCCAACAAUGGCUUUUAUUGGCACACCAAGGCUUUUCACAAAUGCUUAUAUGUUCGAUUUUCAAGUUCGAUUCGCGAUGAAAUUCUUACCGGGUGCGAAGAAAUUGCCAACAAAAACAGAAAUGAUGGAAGAUGUGCACAUUUUUGAAAAAGAGACACUUUCGAUAGAAGAUUGGAAAGAAUAUGUUAAACAAUUAUCGGAAUUAGCUGCCAUUGAACCUGUUCCAGACGUCCUUCUGAACAUUGCCAAAGAAAAUUUCGUAGGAAGAGUUCGUGAGCCAAACGACUUCCGAAAAUAUCGAUACAUAAUAAUUGAUGACAAAACAUUUAGAAAAGAAAAAUACAUAACAUAACGCCGGUUGUAAUGCUUUCUUAUUUAAUUAUUGUUUGAAAUAUACAAAUAUCACUGUUUAUCGGUUCUAUCCCGUAUAGACUACCAACACA